AUGACAAAAUUUGUCACCGUUCGCGCUGGUCACCAGGUCGAGGGCUCCGUUGACAGUCUCUACUGGCUAAUCAUCUCUCUCGGCCUCGGUAUCGUCAUCAAUGUUGGAUAUGUGAUUGUCAAUCAGAAAAUGGCUCGCCAAAGGGAGAUCCGGGCGCGCCGACAGGUCGAAAAGAAUGAGAUGGAGCAGGACGCUGUCGUCGAAGUGUGCGUACAGCCAGCGACCGCCGAGCCGGCUACGGAGCCACCACCAGCUAAGGCCGUCGACGCUGCUUCAGCCAAUGUUGGGACGGACAAGAAGAAAACAUCUGGCAAGACUGGGAAGAAAUCGGGCAGCAAUAACGCAUCGAAUCCCAAGGAGUCCACGGCUAAGAAGGACCCGUCCACCAAUGCGACCAACAAAUUGACGCAGAAGACACAGAAGCAGCCGUCGAUGGGCACACAGAAGACGCACUUGAUGACCGGUACGACCAUGAAUACGCAGCAAUCGAUGAAGCCCGGAUCUGGAUCUCGGCCCAAGAAAGAGAAGGGCACCGUGGAGGAUCAGACGCAAAACCACGACCAGGACCAAUCCCAG